UUACAAAAAUGUCCUGAUAUUCCCGCCAGGUAGAGAGGUGGCGGGAAAUUUGAGCAUAAAAUUUUCGCUCCCAGCUUCAUUUCGACGUUUCGUCGAGCACCUUCCAUGGAUUCCGACUCUGACUCCGAUGGGUCCCACAUCUCGGCCACACCACCGUCGUCUCCGCAGCAGAAGCCGCGGCCGGCGCCACCACCAAAAGCUCUUCUUCUGUCGUCCACUAAAUUUAGAACUAAACUCAAACCCACCGGUGCAACCGCCGCCAAAGCUUCCCGCCCAAUUAUAAGACCGAAAUCCUGCAGAAAGCCCCAAAAACCACCCCCAGAUUCAAUUCCGGUAGAACUAGGGCCCGAAAAACCACCACCGCCGGUGCAACCGCCGCCAAAGCUUCCCCCUCCAGACACCGCCAACCUGCCCUUCCAAAUCCACCGUUCAACUUACUCAAACCAAGCAUUUGCUUCUACCACUAACGAUUCCAUUGAAACAUUUAUUCCAGGUGAUUUACGCCCCUCGAAAUUCGCCUCUUUUUCCAAAAUCCAGAAGAAGGAACUCAAUUUUGAGUCAGUGGAGCCUGAUUCCUUUGGCACCUCUUCAUUCUCAGCCUCCCAAUUGGAAGCUGAGGCCGGCGAGGCUAACAUUGCGCCGCAAGAAUCGGAAACAAAAGUUGCUACUUCUGGAAAUUCUGCGAAAAUUCUAAAGAGGUUUCCUAAUCUCAUUGGGCGUGAUUCUUCUGCUUCAUUGCCUGUGAAGAAGCCUAAAUGUGUUAAUGAAGGCAACUUUGUCAAACUGAACAUCAAUGGCUCUGGGAGAAAGUAUGCAUACAAGGGAAAAAGAAAGAAGUAUGGCUCCUGCAGUACUGGCAGAAAGUUUUACAGAAGUAAGAGGAAGUUUAAGGGUAAGGGUCAAGGAGAGAAGGGGGAGGGCGGGGUGUAUGAUGAAGAGGGAUUGGCUAUGAAUUUUAAACAAAGAGAGGAAAUUUUGAAUUAUGAUGAGGUGUUGAUUCAAGAGGCUGUGAUGAGUGUUAGGAAUGAGGCAUCUGAUGAGAACUUGUUGAGGUUGUUGAAGGUGACUUAUGGUUAUGAUUCGUUUAGGAGUGGACAAUUGGAGGCAAUCAAGAUGUUGCUUUCUGGGAAAUCAACAAUGCUGCUUUUGCCAACAGGGGCUGGAAAGUCUCUGUGUUAUCAAUUGCCUUCCAUGGUGCUUGAGGGGAUUACUCUGGUCAUUAGCCCAUUAGUUGCCUUGAUGAUUGAUCAGUUAAAUCAGCUGCCUCCUGCACUCCCCGGUGGCCUUCUUUGUAGCAGUCAGACACUAGAAGAGACCUCAGAAACUCUCCAAUCUCUGCAAGAGGGAUCAAUCAAGGUUCUUUUUGUUUCACCAGAGAGGCUUCUGAGUUCAGAUUUUAUUUCUAUAUUCUCUAGCAGUCCCCUUAUAUCGCUUGUGGUGGUUGAUGAAGCUCACUGUGUAUCUGAAUGGUCACACAAUUUUCGGCCCUCAUAUAUGAGGCUUAGGGCAUCCUUGCUGCGUGCUAGGCUCAAAGCUGAAUGCAUUCUUGCAAUGACUGCAACUGCAACAGUCAAAGCAUUGCACAAUGUGAUGCAAGCUCUUGAUAUCCCUUCUACUAAUCUCAUCCAAACAACCAAAUUGAGAAACAAUUUGCAGAUGUCAAUAUCAAUGAGCAGCAAUAGGCUGAAAGAUUUAAUGGCAUUGAUAAAGUCUUCUCCCUACUCUGAUGUCAAAAGCAUUAUCAUUUAUUGCAAAUUUCAGUCUGAAACAGAUCUCGUAUGCAAAUAUCUCUGUGAUUACAAUAUUUCAGCAAAGAGUUACCACAGUGCCAUUCCUGCAAAAGAUAGAAGACGGACGCAAGAGCUCUUUUGUGCAAACAAAAUUAGAGUGGUUGUUGCAACAGUGGCAUUUGGCAUGGGACUUGAUAAGCAGGAUAUUGGAGCUGUCAUUCAUUACAGUUUACCAGAAAGCUUGGAAGAGUAUGUUCAGGAGAUUGGUCGUGCUGGACGUGAUGGUAGACUGUCUUAUUGUCAUCUCUUUUUUGAUGAUAUCUCCUAUUAUAAGCUUCGUAGUCUUAUUCAUAGUGAUGGUGUUGAUGAGUAUGCUGUGAACAAAUUCCUCUGCCAAGUUUUUAGCAACGGCACAGGUUCAUUUGGGAAAGUUUACUCAAUAGUUAAAGAAGCUGCAUCCCGAAAAUUUGAUAUGAAAGAGGAGGUGUUGCUAACAAUUUUGACACAAUUGGAGUUGGGGGAAGUGAAAUACUUGUGCUUGCUUCCUGAAAUGAAUGUAACUUGCAAUUUGAAUUUCCACCAGACUUCGCCUGCACUGCUUGCUGCUAAAGAUAUAGUGAUUGCUGCAGUCAUGAAGAAGUCUGAAAUUAAAGAUGGGCAAUAUGUGUUUGACAUACCAACCAUUGCAAAUAGUAUUGGAUUGCAACCUGCUGACUUGUCAAAUCACUUGCAGAGUCUAAAGUUUAAGGGGGAAAUUACCUAUGAGCUGAAGGAUCAAGCUUACUGUUUCACAGUCAUGGAUAUCCCCAAGGAUAUUUGUUCUUUGGCAGCACAGCUUACGAACUGGCUUUCAGAGGUUGAGAGAUGCAAGGUGCGGAAGAUGGAUACAAUAUAUAAUGCUGCUGUAGCUGCAGUAAAAGGGUGCGAUAAGGCGCAUGGUUGUAAUGACAAAGAUCACACUCCUUGCUUGCAAAGGAAGAUUUUGGAAUACUUCGAAAACAAUGAUGACAUUGAUGUCCCCAACAAGAUGGCUCAAUGCAGCCCCUUUUUGAGAGCUGACAUAAAGGUCUUUUUACAGAGCAACUCACAUGCCAAAUUUACCCCCAGAGCUGUUGCAAGGAUAUUGCAUGGCCUUUCUAGUCCAGCCUUUCAUUCCACUUUUUGGUCAAAAUGUCACUUCUGGGGAAGAUAUAUGCAGACAGAUUUCAAUGUUGUGAUGGAAGCAGCCAAAGCAGAGCUGAUGGGUUUUGUUGGGAAGGAUUCAUUGUAAUUGGUACCAAUAAAGAGAUGUUAUUUUCAGCAAGCGAACUGGUAAACAGCUGACUGAAAGAUGAAAGGAAUAUGCACCAUUCCAUCUGCACUUCUAUUGGCAUUUGGCACCAAUGAUCCUAUAAUAUGUACUAAACAAAAACCUAUGAUGCACGGAAACUUUUAAGGGUAAGCGUUUUUAGGUUUCAGAUAUGUUUCAGCAUCAAUGUAGAUGCGGCAAUUGACAACGACAAAUGCUAAGAUGAGAUUUGGCAGCAUGAUCAGAGAUGCAAAUUGGAGGUCCAAUGGAAUGGUAUUUUUUCCCUAGGGAGGCAGAAGCAACAGCCGUAAGAGAAGCCUUGAACUAGAUUAAGGACAGGAAUAUGGACAACAUUCAAGUGAAAAUUGAUUCUUGCAAGUGUUAGGGAGUGUCUUCUUUCAAUUUAACCCGUACUGUACCUAGACAGUUUGGUUGUCGACUUGUCAGAGUGGUUUUUAACCCUCCUUAUAUGUGUAAUGUUUUACCUUCGGACUUGAUUUAAUGAA